AUGGAUAAGUCCCGACUUCCUCCUCCUCACCACAAUCCCCCACAAUCCAUGGCAGACAACAUGCAUUUCCAGGCCAGCCAUUAUUCCCAGGCGUACUUCGUCCCGCCCCAGGUUCCGGGCUCCAUGCAUGUUGUCGCGUCGCCGCCACGGCAGGAUACCACUGCGCAAAGAAAGCGUCCAAAAUAUACCCGCAGUAAAACUGGUUGUCUCACAUGCAGGGCCAAAAAGAUCAAGUGCGACGAAUCAAAACCGAACUGCAUGCGCUGCACUCAUGGCCAGCGGGAAUGUACGUGGCCGGAAGGUGUGCCGCCGCGUAAGAAGACCGUACCGAAGCACGAGCCUGCGCCCGAGCCCAGUCUCGAUACUGGUCUGGAUACGCGACCAUCCACUGCAGGUUCGUCGGGGAUGUCGGAGACGUCUACCCCGCCUACUCGUGACAACACCCCCCCUGGGCGGGAGCCGAUGGAGCUGGGGCUACCUCCGAUCAUGUCGCGUCGUCACACCGAGCCUGUGUUGCACGUCCCCGGCGUUGAGAGUGGCACAAGUCGAAGACAGAGUCUGGUACCAAUGUCUUCAACGACAGCUCAAGGAUACGCGAUGCACCCUACAUCUAGUCAAAUACUGCCCGCGAUACCCGAGUCGGAGUCGUCGUACUCUGCUCAUCAAUACCCUCACUCGUACUCUAACGGUCACCAGCAUUACACUCACCCCCAGUCUCUCGUUCUUCCUCGUGUGACUUCUUACCAUGAGCACGCUCACUCCAUGCGUGCUGACGCAUUCUCAAGCACAGGCCAAUGGUCCACGACGCCACUUUUGCCGUCUGUUGAUCCCAUCGAGCCCUUCUUCCCAACGGUCCAGGAGAGAAACUUGAUCCAUCAUUACUGCGACAAUGCAAAGAGUAUCAUAAUGGCCUUACCGUCUGAGAAUCCCAUCCUGGCAGCGAAUCUCCAAUUCGUGCUCAGUCGUCCUCGGGGAUCUGACUCUGCCGUUGAGUCGCUCCGCAUGGCCUUGCUCGGUGUUGCGGCUGUCCAUCAGUCCUUCUUGCUUUCUCAGAAUGGGGCGUGCCACGGAGGAGCUGAUCAAGUCAUGCGUCUGGCGAAUUCCUUUCGAAACCAAUCCAAGCAACUGCUGGUCCAAGCAUGCACAACGUCAGAGGGUGUGCGGAACGAUGCCGCGCUCGGCGCUGCGGUUGCUCUUGCUCUGGUUGACAUAUUCUCGGGUGGACAGAACUGGUUCAAGACUCUGCGUUUGGCGAAGAUGUUAAUCAACAUGCGAGGGGGCCCGGCAGUCUUGCUAGCGCGCAGUUCACAUCCGAAGCCUGGCUCUGUGACAGGGGUUUCUCGUGCGCGACUAUUGCUGGAGAUUGUUGCCGUGUACGAGCUCUUUGGCUGCUUAGUGAACGGAGAGGAGCCGACGCUAUUAUCUCCAAACGCAAGUAAUUGGUGGCUCGACAAGGCUAACUCAGAUGACUCACAAUCGUACGUGGAAUAUGUCUUCGGCAUGUCUCGUGAAUUCAUUCCGGUAUUGGCACGCAUAACAUCGUUCUUUGUCCGCGCCUUAGCGAAUCAGUCAUGCAUCAGGGAAGUUUCUGCUGAUGCUACCACAUUGUCGGAUACAGAAGAUGCCAACGAGGCCCGCACACUGUACAAUCUCCUGGAUAAGUGGACUCAUCGUAGAGAAGACCUGCCUGACAGGGUAAGGGCCGGCAACCGCAUCUAUCAGAAUGCAGCCCAGAUUGCUCUUCUCCGGGACAUUCUCAAAGUACCACCGGAUGAUGCACUCGUCCAACAGCACUGCAGUGAUGUGCUCUCGCUAUGUUUAGAUUGCGGGCAGAAUCAAAUGGGAGUCGAUCUCACUUGGCCAGUCAUUAUCGCUGGUUCGCAAAUGUACGGUGCAGACCGUACUCGUGUUCUAGCGAUAUUCCAAGUGUUCAGAACUCAAUGUUGCUAUGAAAUUGAAACCGCGGAACAUAUCGUUUUUCAGGUUUGGAAACGACUGGAUGAGAAACUCCCUAGGGCCGAUUGGCGUUCUGUUCUACAAGACCAGAAUUUGAAUGUUCUCAUAUUAUAG